AUGCGUGUAAAGCGUGCUGUACUUUGGAAAAACGAUCAUGCUCCUCCCAGCGAAAUAUCUACGACGGGUUCAUUCCGGUCAAGCUUGUCUGUCAGUGACGAUGAACACGCGCGAAGGUGUUCCAUAAUACCUGACUUGAGCAAGCGUCGGCGAUUUUUCAAGCUCCCUUCGCACCAUAGACGGCGAUGCUACGCUCUCGACUCCCCUGAAUCACCGACGACCCUGUCGCGGGUUCCUCGGUACGAGUCUCGCCUCUCCGCGGCCAAUAUCGCAAAUUCCGACUGCUCCUCGUCGACGUGCAGCGACUCGUCCAUAUCUUUGCACAUUGCCAGCGACGCGAGCGAGUUUCCAGACGAAGAAGAGGCGGCCCGUUGGCAGCAGGCGUUCGAGCUCUUCGACCGCAACUGCGACGGCCUCAUCACCGCCCAAGAACUGGGCGCCGUCAUGCUCACCCUCGGCUACGAAGCGUCCAAUAUAGAAGUCGAACGCAUGGUUGCCCAGGCAAACACAUCCGGAAAGGACAACGUCGACUUCAGGGAGUUCAUGGCGUUGCUGGCCCAACAGCCCGACGCUCCCAGCGAAAAUAUUCAGGAAGAAAUCGAAGUGCUCUUCAAGAUUUUCGACAAGUACGGCCAGGGCUACAUUACAGCAACAGACCUUCGACAUGUCAUGUCUUCCUUGAACGAGUCUGUCACGGACAGAGAGCUGGACACUAUGAUGUUCGCAGCAGACAAGGAUGGUGAUGGACUCGUCAGCUACGAGGAGUUCGUAGCUCUUUUCUCGCCGGAUCAAGUCGUUGAAGAACCAGCAUAA